GGAAGACCAGAAUUGAAUUUUUCUUCCUGUAUACACGUGGCACAGCAUCGUGGGCUUUAUCUCAUUGUGGAGAUGAGAUGGGCUUUUUAAAGAAGGGCACACGGUUUUCUAAAGAAGGGCAGAUUGUUGGAUAUAAAAAGGGAGGUCGGCAAAAGAAAAAGGGAGAUUUUGGAGGCGGACCAAGCAAGACUUCUGAGCGGGUGACUGCAGAAAUCAAAGAGGCAGCCGACAGAGAGACGAAAAAGACCUACGAGGCAAAACCAAGGGGGAUUGCUGCGUGGGUGACGAGGGGACUAAGGGCAGCCACAGAGGGGAUUUAAGUCGAAGAAGAGGACAGGCGCGACAGCGAAGGCUACGAAUCUAAUUCUAGUGCUCCGCAAAUUGGAAAAGAACUUGAAUGUAUAAAAAUAGAAGUUGUGCAACUUGUGUGCAGAUAUUUUCAAAGUUAAGGCACUAUACCCCAAGAAUGAAGUUGAAAUCGGGGAUCUAAAUAAAUGAUUUGAAGUUUA